AGUCAUACACAUGAAAACUGGGGUUGAGUUCUCAUUCAGGCUAACGUGGGGAAAGCAGUGAAAGCAGCGCGAGACGCCUUUACGGUUAAAAAAAAAGAAGAAAAAAAAGAAAGAAAGAAAGAAAGAAAGGAAGAGUGACGUGAGUGAAACGGAAGCAGUGCGGUUAUGUUCCUGUAGCAGCAAUAAACGUGGCUCUCGGUUCAAACGGAUACUGGUACUUAUCAUUAAUAGGCAAAAUGAAGCCCGUGACGGUAGAAAAUAAAUAAAUAAUAAUCGAGGGUAAGACUGAAUAUUGACCGCGUGUUAAGACAUGCGAAUUGUAGUUUUUUGGAGGAAUGUUUAUAUCUAGACUUUGAGCGCAUUAUAGUAUAACUUAUGUCCUAAAAUGAAUUACAUGCACAAAGCAUGUAUGUCGCGUGUGUUUUGUUUCAAGUCUCCUCGUUCAACGACUUAGACAUAUCUCCAAACAGAAAGCGAAAGUGUUUCUUGCCGAGCCAGGAAGGAAGCAGGCGCGCGCUCGAACGCGCACACACGCACGCACACACACACACACACGCACGCGCACACAGUGACGGUACGUGUGUGUAGUUCUUAAAAUGUGUAUACAGCCCUGGCAGGACAGUCAUACUCGGACAGUCUGGACGCAUUGGAUAUGCGCGCAUCCAUACUAACCUUCAUCUUCAUCAUCUCUGAAUAUUCCAUCAUCACUGGAGGAUAUGGAAAUUGUGGGAAUCCUAAUGUGAUCGAUAAUGCAGAGAUAAAAACAAAUGUCACUGUUCAGACUUUCCGCAUGCCUUGUAAAGAAGGAUAUGUGAGAAAAGCUGGAACUUCCAACUUCUUCAAAUGUAAAGAAAGCAAAUGGAUCAACGAGCCUCCUCUAAUAUGCAUACGUGAUCCAACACGGCCACUUCCAGUUGCAACCACAUUGAUCAGCACUUCUCAUUCACCUGUCACUCUGUCAUGGUUCAGUCCAACACCAAAGACACAUCCCACUACUACAGAACCAGAAAGCAUUUCCACAACAACUGGGAAAAUUGUCUUCACAACAACACACACAGCUUCCACAACAUCAUCGACGUCCUACCAAAGCUCUCAGAGGACCACAACAAUGGAGGAAACACCUCUGGCAACAUCCCUUACGGCUAGAAUUACAGCUUCAACCACAACUGAGAAAGAAAAUCUGACCACAGUAUCCUCAUAUACCCCUAGCAGCAUUUCAAGCAAUGCCACAAAGGGCAUCACUGCAGGGAGUAUAAUACUUGUCAUUAUUGCUGGCUUGGCAGCAGCCAUUCUUUUUUGGCGUAAACGUUCAAAGCUACGGAGCACUUCCCAUCCUAUAGAAAUGACGAUCCAGAAUCCUGACUCAGAUCAGCCUUUAAUAAUGGCCUCCCCUAUCACGAUCAGCUGUCCUCCAGACUCUGUCCAACCUCUAUUCACUCCUUUUGAAGACUCUCCUAAGGGCAUAUAUGCAAAUGUUCCCCUGUCUGCCUAAAAUGCGGACCAGGGCAAGUGAUAUAGAAAUUAUUUCAUGUGUGGCCAACAGCGUUAUGAUCAAAAAAGCCAUGUGUACAAUAAAAAUGCAGUAUACAUUCUUGAAACAAUGAAAACUACAUGAAAAUGAAUGACAGGAUUUAAAAAAUUAUACUUCUGAGCAUCCUUCAGUGUAAUGGGCAGUUUUAUUCUAAUAUUUUCCAGCUCAUUUUGCUCAUUUCUGCACAGGUACAGUUUUAUUUGCUUUAUCUGUGUUGCAUGGCAUGUGUAUGUGCUCUCAGUAACUUGUCAGAGAUAUGUGUUCACUUAAAGUGCAGAAAUGGCCUUUAAUCUAAUGAAUUAUGGAACGUCAUUCAUAUUCAGGUAAUAUUUUGGUAUUUUAUAUUUUAUUUUAAGUUUUUUUUGUGCAGUAAAUAUUGGAUACAGGUAGCUUUUUAUCUUGUUAAACAGGCAGUAAUGAUUUUUUUUUAUUUAAAAAAAAAAAAUAUAUAUAUAUAUAUAGGGUUAUAUUGACCCUAUAUAAAUAUAUAAUAAAUGUGCUGUGGCAUUUAUUAUGCAGCUGUAAACAUUAACCAAUAUGAACAUUUUUGGUUUAUAUUGGUUAAUAUUUUGGCUGUUCGACCUGAGGAGUUUAAUAAUUAGUCUUUGUGCCCUAGCAGACUGUUUGAUAUGGAAAAAAAAAAAAAAAGAAUAUGCAUUGAUGUGCUUGCUUUAAGUUUAUUUAUAUGCAUGUACCAUGGAGAAAUCGUUGUAAUAUUAUUCUUGUACAUAAUCAUAUAUUUUCAGAAAAAGCAUGAGCAAUCUUAUGAUUUCAAUGUUAAAUAAAAUCAUUACACCAUACAACGGA